UGUGACCGCAGGGAUGAGGUGUGUCGAUGCAUCUGAAAAACGUGGACCCGGAAAACACUAGCAUUGUGUGUUAAACAAACUGGGAUGUAGGCAAGGCCGGGUGUAGUCUGUCAGUAUGGUUAAAUUUGGACGUGGCAACAAGGAUACAUCCUUGGAUGAUAGUGGGCUGACCCGCUGCAAGUUUGUCCUGAUCUUUGCUGUGCUGAUGGACCUUCUCGGUGUUGCAUCUCUACUGAUUGGUGUCUUUGUCGAUUUGUCGAUCAACGACAGCGAUUUUGGCGACUUUCUGGUGUACUCAGGUGCACUGCUGAUCCUGUUGUCUAUGGGAGGUUGGGUGAUGUGGUACAGUGGAAACAUCGAGGGUCUGGUCGAUGGUAAAGAGCUCACCUACAAACGAAGCGCGGUGGAUCGCAUUGCCCGUUCACUCAGCCGUCGCAUACGCAGGCCACACAGGAGUCAAACCGAGCCAUGAUUGGGGACUGAAGGGACCUCCCAAACAGACAGUUUACUUAUGUCAACAUGAAUUGUGGAUGGAGUUAAGAGCUGGAGGACUGUGUGACUUCGGUCUUCAUUAGAAAUGUGUAGCCUAACUGAUUUCAUCGUGCCAUAUAUUAUUGCACUGAAAUACAAUUGCAGAGUGUGAAAUAUUGUUUGCCAUGCCUAGGUUGUAAUGCUGCAAUGCUGACUUGAAAGUAUUGGAUUUCUGACUCUUUAUGCAUGUGUAAACUUGGUAUUAUGGAAUAUUGGAUUUCUUCAGUUUGUGACAAAAUGAUUUAAAUAUUGUGUGUUUAUUAAAGGAAAAAUCCAUUGUGUUGCACAG